CGAGGCGUUCGCGCGCGGCGUCUCAGUUACUGAUCGUUCAACAAAAUCUAGUUAAUUUAAACUAGAAAAAUCAAUGCGGAUGUGCCGACUUCCAUUUCUCUCAAAAUUCGGAACAUUUUAUACAAAAAACUCAGUGUCUCGCUUACCAAGUAUUUAUAAAACGUUUAAUGAUUGAACAAGUCAGUAGCAUACUGUAUAAUUACUCUAGCGUGUUAGUUGGAUAAUUAAAUUCCUCUUUCACUUCAAUUGAUAAUUGUUAUGAUGUAUCCAAAUAACUUGUUGGCAGUUGGCACACCUGCUUGUCCGUCAACAUUCAAGUUUCUGAAUGUGGUGAGGCAAAUUAAAAUGUAUUAAAGCAAUUAUAUGUUAUCGUGCUAGCGCGUGCCGCUUUCGUGGAGUGAAUUUAUUAGUGAGUGAGUUAGUGAGCAGCGAGCAGUGCGCGCGGCGGUCGAGCGCGACAUGAGCGUGUGCAGCCACGCGCUGGCUCCCGACACCAAGACCACUGCCGUCCCGCCGGUCACCAUCGACGAAACUGAUUCCCAAAGCGUCCCGGAAGAAACGCCCGAGGGCAUCACGCUCCGCAAUUAUCGUUUUAUCAACGAAAACAUCCGCGAGUAUAUUCCUUCGGUUAAAAACAGUGAUAUUCACACUUCAGUGGUUAAAGGAAAGUUUGUAUCGAGUGUGCUGGCGAUUUCACCGUCGUCGUGCGCAAAAAUUCUCGAACUGUUGCGGCCCGAGGAUCCAGGGAAGGACGCCCUGGAGGCGAUAGUUAGGCCGACACAGAGGCGAGGCCUCAGCAGACCUUACGAUGAAGACACUAAAAGAUUCCUUCAAAGAGCCCUGCUCGCUCCCAAUGGCUUUACCUCCACCCCUGAACAAAACUCUAGACUAUCGGAAAAUUUUGAAGAUAGUGGAGAGGAAUCAGAGCUUAAAAAAAAUUCAGUAGUGAGUAGUUCAAAUUCAACUAAAACAGAAAGGUCAUUAGCUGAUGAGUUAAGAGAAGCGGAAGAAGACGAACUUUCAGGUGCUAAUCUCCGCCGAGAGCUGUUGAGGGAGUUCCGGAAAAGAGGUGGAGGGAUUCGAGAGGCUAUGGAAAGAGAAAGGUUGGGGAAACUGGCUCUCGCUGUGGAAGAUGACGAAGACUUUGAGGAUUGUGGAUUAUCGGCGGCGGCGCGAAAGUUGGAUGCUUUGCUGGUGGAAUCUCGGAGUCUUCACGAGGAGUUGGCGGGCAUCCACGAGGACAUCCAGGUGCAGAGCGCACGCGCGAGGCGGUGCGCGGCGGCGGCGCGUGCGCUGGCGGCGGAGUCGCGCGCACUGCGCUACCUCGACGACGUGGUGGCGUUGCUGCGCGGCGACGUGGCGGGCGCGCGCUGCACAAGCCGCUGGCCCUUCGCGCUCGGGCGCCGCGAGCCCGGCAAGAACUACGUCGUGUGACGUCACCCAGUGAGCUGAUAAGAAGAGGUCCGUGACCCGGCAGUGCAGCACAGCGUCAUGUGUUUAUAAACGGAGGUAUAUGUGCUAACAAUUGGCUUGAUAAGAAGGCCCAGAUUCAGCCAGCGGCUGAUGGACUGAGCUAUGCUCGAAGUGUUUCUACUUGACCUGCCUGCAACACUGUUAGAUUGACAGACAACAUUAACGAUCAGCUUUAACAGACACAUAAAUUAUGGAUAAAAUAAAUAGAAAUGCAGAUGUAAAGCGUCGUGGUGCACUAAGAAAUGGUUUUGUAAGUUCCACGAGAAUGCUACAUGGAUGAAACUAUGGGUGUCAACUAGUCAGAAAUACGGAGAGUUUACGACAUAACCUCACGAGUUGGAAUGUUGAUAUGCCAGUACAUCGCUUGGAGGGUAAUAAAGGGUCUUAAUAUGUAAGUAUGGCGGAUUUGCACCGGAAAACGCAGGGUCAGUAAGCAAGAAGAUGGGAAUAUGUAAAUUCAAUGUCCUUUGUCCAGCAGUGAACGUCCAUCGGAGAUU